UGAACUUCUUCAGAGGUGUUGGCAGCCUGACUAGUGCUACUUACAGUCCAUUGAAAGCCGGCAAGGAGCCUCGGGGUGUUGAGAUGAAGUCGGCUGCUGAACUCGAGGCUCUGUGGCAAAAGGAAGAGGAGGAGAAAAGGAAGUUGGAAGAAGAGAAAAAGAAGCAAGAAGAGGAGAUGCGCCUACAAGAGGAACUUCUUCGGAAAAAGAAAGAAGCUGAAGAAGCGCAGAUUCAAGAAGAAUUGAGGACGAUCCAAGAUUAUAUACAAGAGGUGAAAGAGAGAUUGGACCAGAAGAAUUAUUUACGAGGCAAGAAUCUUAAUGCUGCAGAGAAUCGUCCAGAUGAGACAUUUUUCAGUAAGUUGGACUCUAACCUCAGAAGAAAUACUGCUUUUGUGAGGAAGCUGCGUAAUUUAACGGAGUCACUGAAGGACUCUCUGACCAAAGAUAUCCAGAGUUUAAACCUUUCCAAGUACAUCGGAGAAGCAGCUGCAGCACUUACUGAAGCCAAACUGAAGAUGUCAGAUAUCAACUGUGCCGUCCUUAUUUGCAGUCUCCUUCACCAGCGCUAUGCUGAUUUUUCUUCCUGUUUAAUGGAAAACUGGCAGAAAUAUCUCCUUUGUAAGAAAGAGGAAAGGAUUGCAAACUUAAGUAAAUACAGAGUAGAUUUGAGGUUCUUUGCUGAACUUGUGUCUGUCGGUUUGUUUUCCGAAAAAGAAGGUCUCCAUGUGUUGGCCAACCAGCUUUCCAUCUUAGUGAACAGUGAUAAAGAGGAACACAACAAUCUCUCCAUCAUAUCCAGUUUUUGUAAACACUGUGGAGAUGAUUACGUUGGAAUUGUACCCAGGAAAUACAGAAUUUUAGCUGAGAAACACAAUUUGGAAAUUGAAAGAAGCAAUAUGCUGCCACCAGAGCGACAAAAAGCAUGCAGGAAUUUGCUGAAAGAAUAUUAUGCCACUUUAUGUAAACAUUUGAAAAAAUUACACAAAGAUCUCAAAACUAUUGAGCAACAGAAUCGAAAAAUACUCCAGACGAAAGGGGAACUGAGCAACGAGAGGAAAGAAAAUUAUGAAACAGCUAUAGUAAAUUACCAAAAAUUACAACAGAACACAUACACACUCGCAGAUCUUCUUGAUGAAGAAAUCCCUGACCUGCCUGAAGAAGAGCUUAAACAAGAUUCAGAAGGCGCUAUGUUUGACAUCUUCAACCCCAUUAAAAAUGCUGAAUUCCAUUAUGAAGGAGAUACAAGCCUGUUUGAGGAUGAAGACACUAGAACUUUCUACGAAUCCUUACCUGAUCUCAGAUCUCUUAUUCCAGGGAUCCUAUACAAAGAAAGUGAACAUGCGUCAUCUAAAGAUGAGACCAAAGAAGAUGUUACCGCCUUGGAAGAAGAUAUUGAAACUCUGAAAAUUGAAGACAUUGACCCGGAAAUCGAAUUUGAACAGAAGGAACUCCCUGUAGAGACGCUCGUGAAGGACAAAGAUGACAAUAAGGAGCGUUUAAAAGACGAUGACAUCGAGGAAGAAUUGGACAUGAUUCAUCAGCCAGAUAUCGAAGAAGAAGGUGACACGGGCCAUCUGAUGAAAGCUCAGUUUGAUACUUUUCUUCAGUCUUUACCGAAUUGUGUUAACAGAGAACUGAUUGACAAGAAUGCAGUUGAUUUUUGCAUGAGCUUCAAUACCAAGACAAAUAGAAAGAAAUUGGUCAGGGCUCUUUUCACAGUUCACAGAACCAGAUACGAUUUGUUACCUUUUUACUCCCGACUUGUGGCUACUUUGUACCCUUGUAUGCCAGAUGUUGCCAACGAUCUUGUACAUUUGCUGAAAGGAGACUUUCGCUGGCAUAUACGCAAGAAAGACCAAAUUAACAUUGAAUCCAAGUUGAAAACUGUACGUUUUAUUGGUGAACUGGUGAAGUUUAAGAUGUUCCCCAAGACAGAGACACUAUUUUGUCUUAAGAAUUUAUUAGUGGAUUUCACUCACCACAAUAUAGAAAUGGCUUGUGCUUUGCUCGAAACGUGUGGACGAUAUCUUUACAGACAGAUGGAUUCUCAUCAUAGAACUAAAGUCUAUCUUGACGUGGUGAUGCGGAAAAAAGCUGCCCUUCAUUUGGAUAGCAGGUACAUCACAAUGAUAGAAAAUGCUUAUUACUACAGUAAUCCACCUGAAGUACCGCAAAUGGUGAAGAAAGUACGCCCUCCUAUGCAUGAAUAUAUACGCAAGCUACUUUAUAAAGAUCUGUCAAAGGUCACCACGGAAAAGGUAUUACGGCAGAUGAGGAAAUUAGAUUGGGAUAAUCCAGAGGUUGCAUUCUAUGCUACCAAGUGCCUGACAGCUGUUUGGAAUAUCCGUUACAAUUCCAUUCACUGUGCUGCCAACCUCUUGGCUGGCUUAGCCCCAUAUCAUGAGCUUGUUGCUAUUCAAGUGGUUGAUGGUAUCUUGGAGGACAUCAGGAUUGGAAUGGAGAUCAACCAUCCCAAGUACAACCAACGGCGAGUCAGCGCAAUCAAAUAUCUCGGAGAACUCUACAACUAUCGCAUGGUAGAAUCUUCUGUUAUUUUCAAAGUCCUUUAUUCGUUCAUCUCUUUUGGAAUAUCAUUAGAAGAUAACGUACCUUCUGCUCUGGACCUUCCUGAUCAUCUGUUUCGCAUCCGUUUGGUUUGUGUUCUGCUCGACACUUGUGGACAGUAUUUUGAUAAAGGUUCCAGUAAGAAGAAAUUGGAUUAUUUCCUUGUAUAUUUCCAGAGGUAUUAUUGGUUCAAAAAGAAACUUCCAUUGUGGACAGAGGAUCAUCCUUUCCCAGUUGACGUUGACAAUUUGGUGAGGGACACCAUCGAAGCUGUACGUCCUAAGCUGAAGCUACUGGAAAGUGAAGAAGAUGCGUACAAGGCAGUUGAUGAUCUUGAGAAAGAAAUCAAAGCCAAGAUUGCUGAAGUUCUACCAAUCAUCGAUACAUUUGAUGAGAUGGAAACUAAUGGCUUAGAGGAGUGUGGUUUCAGUACCAUCAUUGAAAGCGAUGAGGAACUUAGUCAGAACCUUUCUCAAGUCAACAAUGAUGAGACCCUCAUUGAAAGUGAAACCAGUCAAGAUGAUCCCAGCCAGAGUCGUACAGGAAGUCAAGUUAAUGAUGGUGAAGAUUAUGCAAAUAGUGUUCAUAGUGAAGAAGAUGAAGAAGAAGAUCUUCUUGAGUCUGCAGGAGAAGAUGAGACUGAAGAUCAGGUCACCGUGUUGACUGGAGGGCCAAAACAUAUCAAAUGCACUGAGGAUGAAGAUUUCUUGUCUGCUUUUGAUAAAAUGAUGGCUGAUAAUCUUCAGGCCAGAUCUCAAGAGUCAUUGAAGGUACCACAAUUGGACAUUGCUGUUCCAAUGCAUCUGAGGGGACAAGUGCGUAAGCAAUUUACAUUCCCUCAGAAUAACAUUGAAUAUAAUGAUACCAUAAAGUUUGUACUUAUGACAAAGAAGGGCAACAAACAACAGUAUACCAACUUGAAUGUUCCGAUUUCUACUGAGUUUGCUGCCAAAUUUAAAGAACGAGAACGGGCUGAGCGAGCGGAGAAAGAACAGAUGAAACAGGUUGUCCUUGGUAUCCAUGAACGACAAGAAGAGGAAGAUUAUCAAGAGAUGUUAGCUGCCCUCAACAGACCAGCACCUGUGAACACUAACAGGGAGAGACGUGUACGUUAUCAACACCCCAAGGGUGCUCCUGAUGCAGACUUGAUCUUCGGAUCAAAGUGAGUUGUCACUGCUUCCCAUACUUCAGCUGAAUUUAUUUAACGUGAUGAUGUGUUCUCAGGCAUCUCCACACUUGUGUAUGCAAGUAAGAAAAA